CCGCCCCCUUCCCCCGCAGAGGAUGGCCUCCCGGGACCGCGUGGCGCAGGCCAAGUCUCGGGCCGAGCGGUCGCGGCCGCCCACCGUGCCGGUGCCGCAGGUGGACGUGGUGCCCGGGCGCCUCUCCGAGGCUGAGUGGCUCUCGCUCGUGGCCUCCGAGGAGGUGGAGGACGGCGUGGGGGACGUGCUGGCCGCGCUGCUGGACCAGGCGCUGCAGGAGUGCUACAAGGUCCACCUGGCGCGACAGCGCAUCCCGUACGUCAUCAACCAGGCGCGGGAAGCCAUGGUGCAGAUCAUUGAGUGGCGCUUCCUGGUGCGUGACGAGGGCGAGGCGGAUGUCUCGGCAGACCCCUCGUGGCAGGAGGACGAGGAGCCCGUGGCCUGCAUCACAGACUCCUGGGCUCAGGGCUCCGUGCCUGUGUUACAGCCCAUGCCCCGCCCAGAGGAGCCUGAGGUAGGCUUGCCGGGAGGGGAGGAGCUGAGGACUCCUAGUGCGCAGCCAGGAGGCGGCAAUGAAGGCACUGGCUUGGCUGGUGGGGUCAGCAAGGUCCCUCCAGCUGAGCCUACGGAGGAAGAAGCUGCUGCUGCUGCUGCUUCCCAGGAAGUGUCUUGUGGCGAGGAGGCUGCUCCCGCCAAGGUGCUCUCCUGGCACCCCUCCCAAGAGGAGACCAAACUUGCCAAGGAGCUGCCGGUGGUGCCCUCACAGGAAUCCUCCUGUCUGAUUCAGGCGAGCGCCUUGUCCAAAGGAAGGAGAGGAGAGCUGGCCUCCCGCAGUUCCCUGAUCACGGCCCGGAGGGAGAGCAGCACAGAGCUGCUGGGCGAGUAUGAGAAGCAGCUGCUGCUGCACGAGCUCUCCCGCGUCCCUGUGGUGGAGGAGAGGCACCGCAACACGCUGGACGGCCCCCACCCGCUCGUGCCUCCCUCAUGCAGCAACCUGCUGCGCAUCCAGCUGGGCCGCCCCCCCAACAUCAAGGACGUCCUCUACGACGAGGCCGGCAACAUCACCGCCGUGCCCCGGCUGAACCCCGCCCGCCUCCCCAAGCGCUGGGUCAAGCCCUCCGUAGAGGUCGUGGACCCCGAGGCGGAGUCCCUGCGGCAAGAGGUGCUCAAGACCGUCUCAGGCCGCUGCAAGCUGCGGCAGAGCUCCAAGGGCCCCCCUCGGGGGGAAGCGGACCGAACGCGCCAGGCGGGGCUGGGGGGGAGGCUGGCCAGGGCUACUAGGAAGCGGCUCCCUGACCGGAUGGCCCAGCCGCCUGCUCCCCUGGGGAGGAUGCUGAAGCCCACCAGCCUCAUCUUCAUCAGGCCCACCCUGCUGGUGCAAACCAUGGCGCUCGCUCCAGGGGUGGCCAUGAAGCAGGGAGGCAGCAGCCGGCGGGGAGUCUGGGCUGCCGCCCCUCCCAAGGAGAGGGAGAAGAGGGCGCACAAGGAGCUCAAGCCCAUGUCCCCCCUGGUGCCCUCCCAACCCACUGUUGCCGUGGAGGAGGUGGUGCACAAGCCACGACACCUGCCACGGCUGCUGCCCGGCAACACCCCGCUCUCCCACUGA